AUGUGUGCAUUUGAAACCGAUUCAAAAAAGUGCUGGAUCGAUCAUUUCCAGUCUGUACACGGAUUAUGUGUGAAACCAGAAGCCCUGGAAUUCUCCAGUGAAGAAGAAUUUUUAAAAUGGAAAGAAGAAAUGGAAUGUGCUACACAUUCCAAAUUCAUUAAAAGCUGUGGCACUAAAUUUUACGAUGAGGGACCCACAUGUUAUUACGUUUGCCAUCGCUCAGGUCAGUUGACCUCCAAAGGUGAUGGGAGAAGACAUCUGAAAUUGACAGGAAGCAACAAAAUUAAUGGCAAGUGCCCUGCAGAGAUUAAAGUCCAAUACAAAGAAGGAAAAUGCCAUGUUACUUUUGUGUCCACUCACAUUUGUCACGAUCUGGACCUAAGUCAUCUCAACCUGACGGAAAAAGAACGGAUGAAGAUAGCUGAAGACAUUGCUGCAGGAAUCCCAUUUCCCACUGUCCUCCAAAAAAUUCAAGAAACAGUGCAGAGUUCUAAUUUGGAGAGAGUGCAUCUUACAACAAUGCAGGAUUUGCAUAAUAUUGCAGCGGCAUAUAACCUGUCUUCAGAGUCAGUUAGACAUUCAAAUGAUGCAAUCAGUGUUGAUGCUUGGGUGCAAGAAGUGCAGCAAAGUGACAAUCCAUGUGUAUUGUUCUAUAAGCCUCAAGAAACAAUUAAUGAUCUGUACCCUGAACUGAAAAGUGAAGACUGUAUUAAUUAUAAUGAACAACGCACAAGGCGAAAUAUUAACUAA